UCGAACGUCACAAAAAUUGAAAAUCAACAGGUUCUAGAGUUUAAGUAGAAAUGUCAUCAUAUUUACAGCAAUAUCCCUCUUCUCCGACAUAUUCUAUGUCUUCUACAGCUCAGAUUGCACCUACAGUUGCUUCAUUAUGUUAUUCAUCAGCACCACCGCUGCCCAAAACAAUCAUUACGAAGAACGAUAUCUCAACAUCCAUUGAAGCAUAUCAAGAGCUUCUUUAUGCAGCAAAGAUAUAUAGGAAUAGUUUGGUACAAUUAUCUAAGACAGCGUCAUCAUUUGGAACGGCAUUAGAAAAAUGUGCGAGAUGCAAAGGGGUAGGAGAAGAAGAGAUGUCAGGAUUUAUGUUAGCAGGAGGUCUUCAGUAUCUUAUAGCGAAUCAUCAGCAAAUUUUGAGCGAAACAUUAUAUAGAAGGUUUGAAAUUCCAUUAAUGGAGGAGUUGGAUACGUUUCGAGCAAUUACACAAGAAAGAGAUGAUACAUAUCAAAGAAUGAUGAUGGAAAAGAAUAAGAAGAUUCAGGAGAGGGAAGCAGAACAUUUAAGAGUGGGUCGAAAGAAACAACGAGACUUGGCAACGUUUAGACAAGCGUUAGUUGAUCUUUCGAAGCUUGCAGAUGAUUUAGAGCGUUUAAAAUCAGAACAUUAUAAUGGAGCGCUAGAUACAAUUCAUGAAACAUGGUCAAGAGUUUUAGACCAUACAGCAUUAAUUGUUAGAGCAGAAGUAGAUAUCUAUGAAGGUAUAGCAAGAAAAGGAUGGAGUGGUGGUGGUCUUGAAGAGAUUAUGGCACGAUGUGAAGACCCAUUUAAUAUAGGACAUGGAGAAAUAUCAACGACUCAAGGUGGGCAUGGAGAAAUUUUCAGUAUUCUUCCAUCCCAUUCUAUUUUGACAUCACCACAAUCUCCUAUCUUCAAUGAAGGUAAACUCAUUGGACAAUAUAAAUCAUUAACAAGAACCUUUUCAAAUGAGGAAGAAUUUGAUGAUUAUAACGAUGAAGACUCAAAAAGUAUAUUUUCAUCUGAUAUUACAAAGUAUAAACCAAUAAUGGAUGAUGAGACAUCUCGUUAUGAAGACAAAAAUACAGAAAUUAUCAAUUUAUCUUCUAGUAAUCUACUCGAUAUCAAUCAAAAAAUUCAACCAAUUGAUAUCGAUAUAUUAAAUAAUGAGAAUGGAUAUUACAAUUCAAACGGGGAUGAGCUCAAAAACGGGUUUUGUACAGAAACUAAUGAUAAUAACCCAUCCGAUAUCCAUUCUACCUGAAUUUACUAACCACUCUGAAACAUUUAUAUGUUCUUAGCAUUUCAAUAUAUAACUUGGAUAGGGAUUUUUAUUUUUUAAGGGCAAU